UAGUCUGGGGCGGGGACUUGGGAGCGCCUAAAACUUGCGAGGAGGGCGGGGCCGUAGACCCGUCCUUUAAAGGUUGGAACUGGCCCCGAGGCGCCGGCAGCCCUGGGCGGUUUCGGGAAUCGCGCACGACCCGGCUCCCCUCGCCUAAGCUGCUGGGGGGCGCCAUGGGCCGCUACCGCAUCCGCGUGGCCACCGGGGCCUGGCUCUUCUCCGGGUCGUACAACCGUGUGCAGCUUUGGCUGGUCGGGGCGCGCGGGGAGGCGGAGCUGGAGCUGCAGCUGCGGCCUGCGCGGGGCGAGGAGGAGGAGUUUGAUCAUGACGUUGCAGAGGACUUGGGGCUCCUGCAGUUCGUGAGGCUGCGCAAACACCACUGGCUGGUGGAGGACGCGUGGUUCUGCGACCGCAUCACGGUGCAGGGCCCUGGAGCCUGCGUGGAGGCGGCCUUCCCGUGCUACCGCUGGGUGCAGGGCGAGGACAUCCUGAGCCUGCCCGAGGGCACCGCCCGCCUGCCAGGAGACAAUGCCUUGGACAUGUUCCAGAAGCAUCGAGAGAAGGAACUGAAAGACAGACAGCAGAUCUACUGCUGGGCCACCUGGAAGGAAGGGUUACCCCUGACCAUCGCUGCAGACCGUAAGGAUGAUCUCCCUCCAAAUAUGAGAUUCCAUGAGAAGAAGAGGCUGGACUUUGAAUGGACACUGAAGGCAGGGGCUCUGGAGAUGGCCCUCAAACGUGUUUACACCCUCCUGAGCUCCUGGAACUGCCUAGAAGACUUUGAUCAGAUCUUCUGGGGCCAGAAGAGUGCCCUGGCUGAGAAGGUUCACCAGUGCUGGCAGGAUGAUGAGGUGUUCGGCUACCAGUUCCUCAAUGGUGUCAACCCCAUGCUGUUGAGACGCUCGACCUCUCUGCCCUCCAGGCUAGUGCUGCCUUCAGGGAUGGAAGAGCUUCGGGCUGAACUGGAGAAAGAACUUCAGAAUGGUUCCCUGUUUGAAGCUGACUUCAUCCUUCUGGAUGGAAUUCCAGCCAACGUGAUCCGAGGAGAGAAGCAGUACCUGGCUGCCCCCCUCGUCAUGCUGAAGAUGGAGCCCAGUGGGAAGCUGCUGCCCAUGGUCAUCCAGAUUCAGCCUCCCAACCCCAGCUCUCCAACCCCAACACUGUUCCUGCCCUCAGACCCCCCACUUGCCUGGCUCCUGGCAAAGUCCUGGGUCCGAAAUUCAGAUUUCCAACUGCACGAGCUCCAGUAUCACUUGCUGAACACUCAUCUGGUGGCUGAGGUCAUCGCUGUCGCCACCAUGCGGUGCCUCCCAGGACUGCACCCCAUCUUCAAGUUCCUGAUCCCCCAUAUCCGCUACACCAUGGAAAUCAACACCCGGGCCCGGACCCAACUCAUCUCAGAUGGAGGAAUUUUUGAUAAGGCAGUGAGCACAGGUGGAGGGGGCCAUGUGCAGUUGCUCCGUCGGGCGACGGCUCAGCUGACCUACUGCUCCCUCUGUCCUCCUGACGACCUGGCUGACCGGGGCCUGCUGGAACUCCCAGGUGCUCUCUAUGCCCGUGAUGCCUUACGGCUCUGGGAGAUCAUUGCCAGGUAUGUGGAGGGGAUCGUCCACCUCUUCUACCAAAGGGAUGACGUAGUGAAGGGGGACCCUGAGCUGCAGGCCUGGUGUCGGGAGAUCACGGAGGUGGGGCUGUGCCAGGCCCAGGACCGAGGUUUCCCUGUCUCCUUCCAGUCCCAGAGUCAACUCUGCCAUUUCCUCACCAUGUGCAUCUUCACAUGCACUGCCCAGCAUGCCGCCAUCAACCAGGGCCAGCUGGACUGGUAUGCCUGGGUCCCUAAUGCCCCGUGCACAAUGCGGAUGCCCCCACCCACCACCAAGGAAGAUGUGACGAUGGCCACAGUGAUGGGGUCCCUACCUGAUGUCCGGCAGGCCUGUCUUCAAAUGGCCAUCUCAUGGCAUCUGAGUCGCCGCCAGCCGGACAUGGUGCCUCUGGGGCAUCACAAAGAAAAAUAUUUCUCAGGCCCCAAGCCCAAAGCUGUGCUAAACCAAUUCCGAACAGAUUUGGAAAAGCUGGAAAAGGAGAUUACAGCCCGGAAUGAGCAACUUGACUGGCCCUAUGAAUAUCUGAAGCCCAGCUGCAUAGAGAACAGUGUCACCAUCUGAGCCCUAGAGUGACUCUACCUACAAGAUUUCACAUCAGCUUUAGGACUGACAUUUCUAUCUUGAAUUUCAUGCUUUCCUAAAGUCUCUGCUGCUAAGGCUCUAUUUUCUCCCCCAGUUAAACCCCCUACAUUAGUAUCCCACUAGCCCAGGGGAGCAGUAAACUUUCUCUGCAAAGACUAGAUCCUUUUUUACCCUUUGCAGGCCACAUAGUCACUGUCUCAACUACUCAGCUCUCCUGCUGCAGCAUGAAGGCAGCCAUAGACAACAUGGAAAUGAGUGUGACUAUGUUCCAAUAAAACUUUAUGGACACUGAGAUAUGAAUGUUACAUCACAAAAUAGUCUUCUUUUGGUUUAUUCAACCAUUUAAAUGCAAAAAAGAUCCACAAACAAAUAUGCUUUGUUUGAGACAUGCACAGCCAGGCUACAGACUGGAUUUGGCCCUUGAACCCUGCACUAGCCUGAGGCCCUGACCCUACUUCCAAAACAUCCAAGAUCAUGGAGCAGGGGGAUUUCUUAGAAAAAUCAACUUACCUCAGCUAACUCUCCAUUCCCAGGAACUAACCUUCAUGCCUGGUGGCCAAUGUACGAAUUCCUGACUCGGUUCUUUGGCAAUUUCCUUCCACCCAUAUUUCUCCUAUUCACCCAUGUACCCCAAAAGUCCCUGAAUGAUGUUUUGGGGGCUGAAUAAAAACCACUGCCCCAAAAUGGCUUCUUUCUCCAAACAGUCCCAGAUGACAGGCACAUAAUUCAUGUCUCAAGGCUACUUUUCCAGCCCCUUUAAUACUCUGGGAUCUAUGUGUUUCCCACAUUCCAAGUUAUCUUUCACAUGCCUUUUAAGAACAAUAUGCACAAAAUAAAUGGACAAGAACUACAAAGUUA